GGGCUCUCCUGGGCCUUUCGGGCUCCUUUCAGAGUCUCUGGAUCCCUUCUCUCCUGCGUAGAAGCCCCGCUGGGCGGUAGGGGACGCCCCGGUUCACGUUUGGGGCGGGCUGGGGUGUCUGGGGCUGAGGGACCGGUGAGGGAAGCGGCCUGUCCUCCUCCGUGGGCUCAGAGGGAGAUACCGCUGUUUUCAGAACAUGGAUUCCCAGAAGGAUGUUCAACCUCCAAAGCAGCAGCCAAUGAUUUACAUUUGUGGAGAAUGUCAUACAGAAAAUGAAAUAAAGGCAAGAGAUCCCAUCAGAUGCAGAGAAUGUGGCUACAGAAUAAUGUACAAGAAACGGACAAAAAGAUUGGUGGUUUUUGAUGCCCGAUGAUUUCUGCUGAAGAUACAGUGACUUUAUGCUGGAGUUCAAUCUUUCUGAUAACUUUGCUCUGUAAAUCCAUUGAUGUAUAAAUGCACGCUCUUAUUUGUGUUUUAAGAUAUUGAAAUAUUAAAUUUUACUGUGAUACUAAA